GCGUCACCGGAAGUCAACACAGAGCAGCUAGCCGUUAGCGCUUGUGCUAGCUGCGGUCAGUCCGCCGUGAAUGGACCUGCGUCCUGUGUGGGCAGCAGCUGGGUUGUUGGACAGCGAUGACUUCGCUUCAUUUCCUCAGAGAGUUCAUCAGCGAGCGGCUGACGGCCGCCGCUUCGGAGAUCUUCGAGGUUUUUGAGAAAACCGUCGUCGGCUACGAGGAGACGAUCGACCGUCAGCGGAGGCUGCUGCUGGAGGUCAGCUGGAAACCUGAAAUAAAGCUGCCGCCAGCAGAGCCUCAGCAGAAACUCGUCGGUCAGAAAAAGAAAGAGGUUCCCGCCGAGCAGCAGCUCUGCAGCCAGGAGGGGAACCUCCGCCUGGACCAGGAGGAACCAGAACCUCCGCAGAUUAAAAAGGAGCAGGAGGAACCAGAACCUCCGCAGAUCAAAGAGGAGCAGGAGGAGCUCCGCAGCAGUCGGGACACAGAGCAGCUGGUGCUGAAGGAGGAGGAGGAGGCCUUCGUCGUGACUCUUAGCGAUGAAGAAAGUGAAGCGGAGUCGAAGYGCGAUCAGCUCCGAGUUCAGACAGCGAGGCAGGAUCUGGACUUUGAAUCGACGAGCAAAGUGGAGCUGAUGGCAAAGAGGGGAAAGAGGAGGAGUCAUAAAAUCCCCAGAAAUGUAAUCAGUGAGGAUCUGUCUCCUCUGUCGGACAGUGAGAGUGACUCAGAGAGGAGAAAAGUUUACGUAAAAUGUGGCGUUUGUGGAAAAAUCUUUAAGAACAAGUACCACCUGAAGAUGCACCACAGAACCCACACCGGUGUGAAGCCGUACGCUUGCAAUGACUGUGGGAAGAGGUUCAACGACUCCUCUACGCUGAAAUAUCACAUGAGGACGCACACGGGCGAGAAACCCUUCUCCUGUGAGACGUGCGGGAAAAAAUUCMGAUGUAGCUACAGCGUGUUGGUCCACAUGAGAACUCACACGGGAGAGAAACCGUACCCAUGCAACACGUGCGGGAAAAGAUUCACCAACUUGUCCGCAUUCAAGUGGCACACGGCGAUUCACACGGGCGAGAAACGCUACUCCUGCAAAAUCUGCGGGAAAAGUUUCACCCAGAACGGCAACCUGACGGCCCACAUGGGGACUCACACGGGGGAGAAGCGCCACGUCUGCAAAAUCUGCGAGAAGAGCUUCAGCCGGAGCAGCAACCUGCUCGUCCACAUGAGGAACCACACGGGGGAGAAACCGUACCCCUGCAAGACGUGCGGGGAAAGGUUCAAGUAUGCGGCGAUGCUUAAAAAACACCUAAAAACUCACGAAGGAGGCGAGACUUCCCCCUGCCAGACCUGCGGGAGAGGUCCCACCUGUCAGGAGGGCUCGACGGGCCAACACCAAGCUGACGAGUGUCAACCUGAAACAUCUGCGGGAAGAAACAUCUGUGUGGAAAAGGUCGAAGGCGUAAUUGAAUGAAGAGACAGAAGAUGUGUGACGCUGCAUGUUGAAACAAUCUGAUCAGAUUAAAGAACAAAACAUUUCUUUGGAAUGGGGGGGCGGGGCAAAUCUGUAAUAAUUUUGCAGCUUUUAUUUCUCCAAGCAGACUGAUGGUUUAGUACAGUUUCCAUUUAGUUACUGUGUGUUUUCUGUUAAAGAAGUUACUCAGAGGAGACACAGUGAGUCUUAUGGAAGGACUUCAGAGCUGUGGUAUGAACCCCCCCACCCCCCUCUACACACACACACACAAGUUAAACUCUUAUCUACGCACUCAACUACAAAACAGCAGCACCUGACUUGUGGGUUAAAUGGUUGAAAUCAGACUCGUUUUAUGAGGAUGAGACCAGAUUUGGCCACAAACUUAACUGAGCGGCCUCGCUCCUGAAUCAUUUCAUAUUAUUUAUUUUAUUCAGACCGCAGACAGGCGAGUAGGGGUCUCUGCAGACCAGGAGGCAUUUCCAAAGGAAGGUGGUUCUUAAGAGACACACCUGAUUGGACGAGCAAAAAUAGGCAUUACUGAAGCACACCACCUGAUUGGAUGAUCGUUGCUUCGGCGUUUCUCUAUAUUAUUAGCUUACUUUCUACCCUAGCAUCGGACUUUCAUAUUUAUUUUCAUUACAUUUAGUUUUACAAACUUGCAGCUGUUACCGUGGUAAAUAGAAGACUUGGAGAUAAUAACAGCUGGCAGGUUAGCUGCUGGUAUUUUAUGUUUAUAUGAAGACGCAGACAGUGUCAGACCCAUGUCUUCAUUAUUUCCACUUCUCUUAAAGAGCUCCAAGUUGCAUUUCAAAAUAAGAGCAACAUCAGUCUGUAGUGUUUUUUUAUUUUAUCUUUUGAGACAUUUAGAAAUAUGGAGAACUAAAUGUUUGGUUUUAAUGAUACUUUGUGGUUUCAUUAAAAAACAAACAGUU